GGCUGAUUGGCUGCAAGUGAGCGAGCAGUUAUUGAGUGCGUACGGCAUGAAUGGACGAGUUCUCGAGUGAGCACCAGAAAAAGCAGCCCGGCCAGGAUGCAGAUGCAGACGGUCAAGUAGGCCCAACGAGGGCCGUCUGAGUGCCCGCCCCGGCCCAUGCCCGAGAGAAUGGCCGACCCGCGGGCGCCCGUGGGCCUCGAGUUGCCCGACCUGUCGCACCUCACAGAAGAGGAGCGCAGGAUCAUCGAGAACGUCAUGCUGCGCCAGCGGCAGGAGGAGGAGAAGGAGAACGAGAUCAUGAGAAGAAAGCAAGACGAAGUAAAGGUGCUAGAGGCGUCCAUUCGGCAGCGCAACGAGCAGCACAAGAAGGCGGGGGCGGAGAUGGACGCCACCUGCAACCUAUGCCUAAAGACCAAGUUCGCCGACGGGGUGGGACACGUGUGUCAGUACUGUCACAUCAGGUGCUGCGCCAGGUGUGGUGGAAAAGUCACCCUACGCUCAAAUAAGGCCAUCUGGGUGUGCAUUUUGUGCCGGAAAAAGCAGGAGCUGCUGUCCAAAACGGGCCAGUGGAUCCAAACGGGGCCUCACAUGGACCCAGUGAUGCGGCGCAUCGAGGCAGACUUGAUGGCCCUCGACCCCGCCUCCGACAAGCGGCCGAAACUGGAACGAGGCUUGUCGGCGACGGCGGCCGAGGGUCCACCCCCGGGCCGCCUCCAACGCAGUGGCUCUGCCCUCCGGAGGCAGUACUCGCAGGAGGCGGCCGACGUGCUUGUGAUGCGGGGGCCGUCGCAGGGACCAUCUCCGGGUCGCCGCUACUCGGCCGGCAGCGACGCCAUGCUGUACGAGCGGCAACGACUGAUGCCGCCCACCCCCGGGAGCAAUCGCAAGCCGCCCCCGGAGGCGGUGAAGAAGCGCGGAAAGAAGACGACCCGCCAACACUCCCUCAGCAGCUCCGAGGACGAGCUGCGUUCUACGCCGGAAGCUCCGGACGACGCCGCCCUGCUAGACGGCAGCAGAGCGCACCAAGCGGCGGCGAACGUCGGCGCCUCGACGGCCCACCUUAACCACCUCGGCAUGGGCGGCCAGGCGGCCGACUCGCGGCACUUCACCGAGCGGAGAAAAAAGACGGUGCGCUGGGUGGGUGAGGGGGGCGAGCAGGCGUUCCAGAGGGCGCGCUGGAUCGACCGGCAGGGCUCGCAGGACUCGCAGACCAAGGACUCGGGCAUCGACACCAGCAGCACCUUUACCUCCAGCGAGGACUCGUCGCGCGGCGCCGACCUGCCCGGCCGACGGGGCGAGCAUCAGCAGCAGCCAGUGUCGUGGCAAACGAGCUCGGACGGCACUCGGCUGAUCGGCCACAUGAUUCUGAAGAAGGACGUACGCGACUCGAGUCUGGGGCUGAAGGUAGUCGGGGGCCAGCCGCUGCCCCACGGAGGCCGCGGCGCCGUCAUCGAGAAAGUCAAGCGUGGUAGCAUAGCGGAGCGCGAGGGCAAUUUGCGAGCGGGUGACGAGGUGAUCGAGUGGAACGGCAGGUCGCUGCAGGGCAAGGGCUACGAGCAGGUCUACGAGAUCAUCGCCGAGUCUCGCCUGGAGCCGCAGGUGGAGUUGAUCGUGGCGCGGCAGGCAGCGCGAGCGCCGCCACACCACCACUCGGCCACCGAACUGUGGCGUCAAGACAUGUACGACCGGAAGCCGAGCGUAAUGGUGACGUCGCCGAGCUCCCCUGAGCGCGUCGGUCACCGGCCGGGACCGCCGCACCGGCCGCUGCGCUCAACGCAACCUAACGUGGGCGGCCGGCUACAGGUCAAGCUGUGGUUCGACGCGGCCGCCCUGCAGCUCACAGUCACUGUGGCCGGCGCUUCAGGACUCACCCCUAGGCCCAACGGCCAGCCCCGAAACCCUUAUGCCAAGCUCUUUCUACUGCCAGACAGAAGUGAGAAGUCUAAGCGUCGGACCCGGACGAUAGCCAACACGACGGAGCCGCGGUGGAACCAGUCGUUUGUCUACUCGAGUAUCCGCAGGGCCGACCUGAAACUGCGAAUCCUCGAGAUAACCGUCUGGGACUACGUCCACUACGGCGCCAACGACUUCCUCGGCGAAGUGGUGGUCGAACUCACUGCGGCCCCACUCAACGACGAGCCCCAGUGGUACUACCUGUCGGCCCACGAGGACAUCCUGCCUUCACACCCGCAGCAGCAGAGGAGGCUGCUGGUGGACUCGCUGGACCAUUUAUCGCCGCCGUCCACGACGUCGCGCCUUUCGGACAGCGACACGUCCGACCUGGACGAUGUGAUCCUGGGACGCGUCCGCAUGGACGGCGCCUCAGUCUCCAGUGUCGGCAGCUCCUCCAGUCCUCCGCCCGAGAUAGAGAUGAACGAGAGACGCUCGCGCAGGGACAUGUCUCCGCAGGGGCGGAAACGCGCCGGAAUGAUGGUGCGCGGGGGCGUCUCUUAUCAGGAGCCGGGGCAAGCGACGGAGCCUCGCUACCAACAACCCACGGUGCACGCGUCCAGCAGCAGACAGCGCUCGCACUCGGCGGCGCCAACCGACUCGCCCAGCCUGCACUCGAGGUCGCGCUCCAAGAGUCCGCGCAGGCACCAGGAGCACUCGACGCACAGCCAUCGCUCCCUCUCACCACCAGAGGGCAGAAUGGCGACGUACCCCAAUACAAGGUACACCUCUCAUUCAGCGACAGCCACGCCGACUGGCUCUCCGAAGAAGCGACAACUUCCGCAAAUCCCUGGUCACCGAAUGCGGACGAGUUCGCGAGACGCGGCCGAGCUGGAGGAGCGGCGACGGUGGGGGCCCCGCACGGCCCAGUGGGCCGACGGCCGCCAGUACUCAUCAGCCGAACUUCCGCGACACCGUGUUGAACUGCCCGACAGCGACCUUGAGAGUGUCGUCUCCGUCACCAGCAGUGCCUUUUCCACGCAGUCGGAGCGACCGCGCGGAUCUAACCUGACCAGCUGGCCUGAGCUGUCCCCGGUAUGCUGCCCUGAAUCCGCCGAAGACCUGGAGGUUGCCGACCUGAUGGCGUACGAGGCGCCACCGUGCUGUCGCCGGCGCAACAGCGUCCUUGCCCGCCAAAACACUUGCCCCCUGCCACUGCAGCAGCCGCCAGUUCCCCACCCAAGGCACGUCCUGCAUCGGCAGCGAACCUCGUUCACCGAAUCCGUGCCCUUUCAACCCCCUGAUUUAGCCCCUUGCAAUGAGCCGUUAGAUAAUUGUGCCACUGAAAUGCCCGAGAACACCGCGAAUUGCGAUCCCGAAAUGACUGAGCCCCCGCCAGACACACAAAUCGAACCUCCCGCGCCCACUGAACAUGUAGAGCUAGACGUAGAGGCUAACGCUUGUGCUUCUCCUCCCAGCGACUUCAACCCCCGCGCCUCCACCCUGAAUCAGAGGUCGAGCGGACACUCUAACACAUCACAGACGAGCGCUAAGAGAGGCACCCUUGGACGCUCCUUCUCUAGCACUGACGCCCCCAGCGACGAUAAAGUCGAUGGCAGUCUAAGCGACACCGCGGUAGGUCACCUGCACGGACUCGAGGACGGAGGCUCAAAAGCAGGCUCUCCUGGCAGCUCAACGCCUGGCAAGGCCUCUGCGCAGUUUGUGGGUUUGAACAAGAAGAGCAGUUCUACCUCGCAACUGUCAGCGACUGGCCGCAAGCGCAGACUAGGGUUUGGGCGCAAGGGCAAGAACUCGUUCACCGUACACCGGAGCGAGGAGGUGCUGCCCGAGGACGUGCGACAACACCUCGUCAAACAGGGUAGCAGCGUGUCCAGCGACGGCGAGGGCUCGCAGGACGGAGACAGCUACGUGCCGUCCCUGCGCCUUGCCCCGGAGGGCCAACUGUCAGACUUCAUCGACGGCCUCGGCCCUGGUCAGCUGGUGGGCCGUCAGGUGCUAGGAGCUUCAGCCCUCGGGGACAUUCAACUCAGCAUGUGCUACCAGAAGGGAUUCCUCGAGGUGGAGGUGAUACGAGCGCGAGGGCUGCAGUCGAAACCGGGAUCCAAAGUGCUACCAGCUCCAUACGUCAAGGUGUACCUGGUCAACGGGAAAAGGUGCAUCGCCAAAGCUAAGACUGCCACCGCCAGGAGAACGCUCGACCCUCUCUAUCAGCAACAACUCGCCUUUCGAGAGCCCUUUCAGGGCUGCAUACUCCAGGUGACGGUGUGGGGUGACUACGGGCGGAUCGAGGGGAAGAAGGUGUUCAUGGGGGUGGCGCAGAUUAUGCUGGAUGACCUGAACCUGUCCAAUAUCGUGAUCGGCUGGUACAAGCUGUUCGGCACCACCUCCUUGGUCAGUGUGGUCGGCUCGUCGACCUCCUCGAGUCUGCUCAACCUGUCCCGGCGCUCAUCUUCCACUAGCCUUAACUCUCUGCAGUACUAGCGCACGCUUUCACCCCUCUCUAGCGAGCAACCCCCAGCUUCGCAUGACCCCGCUUCACCCCCAAUCAGUCAGUCAUUCUUUUACGUUUCUGAUUUAUUUGAUGUGUUUUGGUGCAGUGAGAGGCUGGCCGGCAGUGAUCGAGCCAGGCAUUCACCGACCCGGACUUGAGCAGUGCACCCGAGUGACAGAUAGACAAGCAACGGACUUGUCGAGUGGGCCCCGCCCCCAGAGGCCGCCCCAUGUAAAAUCGACCACAAUGUGAUACCAUGAUUAUACAACAUAUUGUAAUACUACUGCUAUACCACUACUACUGACGCUAAAGAAAAAAACUAUUGUACACUCACUCUCACUCACUCACCACUCUCAUCUUAGAUCAAGUUGUAUUGGUCUGCCCAUCGCGCGUUCUCAUUUUUCUAUAACCCCCCAGCGCUCUGUCCAGUGUAACCCACAGCACGCAACCGUGUAUCCGACCUCCGAAACGCAGGCCCCGAUGCUCGCCCUGCCGCUCCCAACAGGCUCCUAACGCAGCCUACUUCUCCGAUCAAGAAAGGAAAGAAAAAAUAUGAAAUGUAUAUGACUUGUUUCAACUUAUUGGACCAAAAUCAUCCACCAAAAACGCAAUUGUUUGUAUCCACAGAAAAUUCUCAUUAAUGCUACUAUGUAUAAUCGAUCUAUCUAUUUUUCUUUUCUCGUCUUCAAUGUUCAGAGUAUAUUGUUCAACAGAAAAAAAAGAAAUUAAACAAUCGCAUUUAUCAGGUUCUCGGGAGUUAAAGACAGGUCCAGUUCAUUAAAUGCAAGUGUAAUAUCGUAACUACAAAAACUAUCUUAUAUAAAAAAAACCAUUCCUGCUGUAAUAAAAAUCCGAAAUCGAUCUCUUGAAUUAUCUAA